CUCGAGCGACUGGUCGUGGAGACCAUAUGUUUUGAUUUUCAUAUUUGGCCGCCACAUCAAUUGUUAAUGAAGUUUGUGAAGAAGUUGAAAGGAGAUAGAACUUUGGCACUUAAAGCGUAUAAAACGCUAAAUGAUUGUUACAAGACCACAAUUUGCCUAAGAUUUCCACCACAUGCGAUAGCGUCUGCAUCAAUAUUUUUGGCAGCGAAACUACUGCACAUGGAGAAUUUCCCGGAGAGCAAAGGGAGUUUACCUUGGUUUAACGUUUUCUUGUGCAGAAAGGAAGAUAUCGAGGAAAUAUGCAGACUUCUCUUGGAUCACUUCAUAGCAGAAACCUCGUCGAAUCAAGAUGAUCCAAUGUACCAAGAAUACGUGAGGUUGAGGAUCUCUUUGAAUUCAGCGUCCACCCUGCAAACGCAAGAGAAUUCAAAGGCUACGAACGGGGCUGAAGUGGUUCGUCCGCUCAUACAACCGAUUGAAGGGGAGCCGAAGCAUUAUACCAUUAGAUAUACGUUUGGUAGCAUGUCACCUCAACACAAGAUAAUUGAAGAAACAAACGGAAUCAAAUAA